UAGCUGUCUCCGUAAUGAGAUACAGUGCAUCAUCGUUUGGAUUUGCUUUUGAUGCUACCCUGGAUGUUUUGUCAUCAGCGAUAGUUUUGUGGCGUUACAGCAACGCAGCUGCUGUACAUUCUGCACACAGGGAGUACAUAGCCUGUGUUAUCUUGGGUGUCAUAUUCCUCCUAUCAUCUAUAUGUAUUGUGAUCAAAGCUAUCCACGAUCUUGCAAAGAAGGUUCUUCCAGAAGUGGUAAGGUGAUUCAUGUUCUUUGAA